GGAGGAGUGGGGACCGGGCGGGGGGUGGAGGAAGAGGCCUCGCGCAGCGGAGGGAGCAACUGAAUUUCAAACACAAACAACUGCACGAGCGCGCACCCUUCGCGCCGGAGCGUUGCCCCCGAUCCGCGCCCGCCCCGUCCGUGCGGCGCGCGGGCGGAGACGCCGUGGCCGCGCCGGAGCCCGGGCCGGGGGCCACCAUCGAGGCGGGGGCCGCGCGAGGGCCGGAGCGGAGCGGCGCCGCCACCGCCGCACGCGCAAACUUGGGCUCGCGCUUUCCGGCCCGGCGCGGAGCCCGGGGCGCCCGGAGCCCCGCCAUGUCGCGAUCCAACCGGCAGAAGGAGUACAAAUGCGGGGACCUGGUGUUCGCCAAGAUGAAGGGCUACCCGCACUGGCCGGCCCGGAUUGAUGAGAUGCCUGAGGCUGCCGUGAAAUCAACAGCCAACAAAUACCAAGUCUUUUUUUUCGGGACCCACGAGACGGCAUUCCUGGGCCCCAAAGACCUCUUCCCUUACGAGGAGUCCAAGGAGAAGUUUGGCAAGCCCAACAAGAGGAAAGGGUUCAGCGAGGGGCUGUGGGAGAUCGAGAACAACCCCACCGUCAAGGCUUCUGGCUACCAGUCCUCCCAGAAAAAGAGCUGCGUGCAAGAGCCCGAGCCCGAGCCCGAGCCCGCCGAGGGGGAUGGCGACAAGAAGGGGAAUGCCGAGGGGAGCAGUGAUGAGGAAGGGAAGCUGGUCAUCGACGAGCCGGCCAAGGAGAAGAAUGAGAAGGGGGCACUGAAGAGGCGAGCAGGAGACCUGCUGGAGGACUCCCUCAAACGUCCCAGGGAGGCAGAAGACCCCGAAGGGGAGGAGAAGGAAGGGGCCCCCUUGGAGGGUGAGAGGCCCCUUCUGGUGGAGGCAGAGAAGAACAGCACCCCCUCUGAGCCCGGCUCUGGCCGGGGGCCUCCUCCGGAAGAAGAAGAGGAGGAAGAAGAGGAAGAGGCUGCCAAGGAAGAUGCUGAGGCCCCAGGCAUCAGAGAUCAUGAGAGCCUGUAGCCACCAAUGUUUCAAGAGGAGCCCCCGCCCCGUUCCUGCUGCUGUCUGGGUGCUACUGGGGAAACUGGCCAUGGCCUGCAAACUGGGAACCCCUUCCCCACCCAAAUCCACUCUCCUCUUCCACUCACUCUCCCCCUUCUGAGCUCAGACCCUGGAGAUUGACCCAGAUGGGGCAGGCUACCUGGCCCUCGCCUCCAUGUCCCUGCACCCCGUGACCUGAGUCAGGUCCAUGUCUUCUGCUCUGUGGGAUGAGAUGAGGCCAUUGUGUCCCUCCCUGCCUGGAGCUGUUUCCCAGUAUAUCUGUUAGGGCCCGGACCAGCUAUUUCCAUCUCCUGACACCCCUCUCCCCCUUCCCCGGGCAUUAUAGACCUCUGGGUCGGUUGGGAUCAGGGCCAUGAGUGGAAGGGAUGGAGAAUAAAUAGCAUGGUGGGCUUCUGGGGCCUGGGAGGGGCAAUCUUCAAAUUGGGGUGGGGGAGUGGGCAAGAGAGUGGCAUCUCCUUGAGCCCCUGUCCCUCCCUCCCACACCUGUUAUCCCAGCUGCCUGGAGUCAUGGAAAGUGGGACAGCUUGUGGGGGAGAGGCUCCCUUCCAUGAAUCCUUGAUGGUUGACAGUACCCAUUCUCUUACACCAAUCCCAGGUGUUAUGGGAGUUGCAGUUUAUCAUUAAAAGAUUUGGGGUCUUCCAAGUUCUUUGGGUCAAAGACCUGAGAUCUGAAGGGUGGACUUCACCCAGCUUGGGUAGGAGUGUUGAGGAGUAUCCAUCCACCUUUAGAUCUCAGGCCAGAGCUGGGAUGCCCUGGGGAGACCCUUAGCUGCCCUUUUCCCUCUCCCCACAGUGCUCAAGGCCAGCCUACAGUCACAUACGUCACCCAGACAUAAAGGAAAAGACAAUUUUUUAGGAAAUGUUUUUAAUAAAAGAAAAUUACAAAAAAAAAUUUUAAAGACCCCCCCCAACCCUUUGUGUGCCCCCCACUCUGCUCCUUUCUUCCCCACUGUUGCCCCCGUUUCUGAGGUGCACUCGGAGGCUCCCCUUCUGUUUGGGGCUUGAUGACUCUUCUUGUUGUAGUUGGGGCUUUGGUGUUCCUUCUGGUGUAAUUUCCCAUCCACAUACCCUCACCUGGUCCCUUCAGUGUUGUCACCAGAUCCAACUUGUAACCCACUGAGAGGCCGGAGGGAAAUAAGCGCCCUCACCCAACCUCUUUCUAAGUGGUCUAUUUGCCUCUUCCGUCUCGUCUCUUUCACCCUUGCCCCUCUCCCUUGGGCUCUGAUGAAAAAUUGCUGACUGUAGCUUUGGAAGUUUAGCUUUGAGAACGUAGAUGAUUUCAGUUCUAGGAAAAUAAAACCCAUUGAUUACUA